AUGAUGGAAUUUGAAAUAUUCAAAUCCUUUGCAAUGUCAGGGUGUAUAGUUCGUGCCGUUGGUUGGAAAUACGGAGCCGAAGAACGAUUUUUGGGUGCUUCGCCGACCGGGGAGACGGUAUCACUCUAUCAGACCAACAAUAACAGCGAGGCGUCUGAUGAGGAGAUAACGAAGCUGUUCAGCAGAGGCGGUUUUGAUAAGAUUCAGUGUUUACAGUACUCCUCCGACAAACCAGGUGUCACUGGAGUCGGACAGCUGGACGGAAGUGGACAUAUUUUUGACAUCACCGCUGCACAGACGCCUCCCCUGGUGUUGCGUCCAAAGCAGGCUCGUUCGUGCAACAGCAUCUCUUUCAACGAGAGAGAGCUGGUCGCUUUGGGUUUUGAUCGUGGCCGGCAGGAUCAUUCUAUUCAAAUUUGGGACCUGGCGAGCUGUUCACGUGCCGGCAAAAACGACAGCCCAAUCCCGCCGCUGCUGUCAUUUGUGCCAAACGAGAGCGUUUCUUCACUAAGUUUCUGCGAGGGUAGCAAUAUCAUUGCAGGCAGCUAUAAGCUUUUGCGUGAGUACGACGUGCGCACGAAUCAGCCAGUGUACCAAUUGAGCACCAGAUGCACUUUGCACAUCAAUGUGGACCCAUUUUACUCGCACUUCUUUGCAUCAGCCAGUGAGGACGGCUCGUUGGCGAUUUGGGAUCGGCGUAAGCUGGGGGAUAGUUCCAGCAUGGUUCGGGUCCAGGGUUCUGGAAUCGCAUCUGACAGUCCGCUUUUGCUGUUCAGCAAGCUGCUGAGCGACCAGCGGCGCUCAGGUGGCUCCCCGUACCGCUACUCCACAGUGACCCACGGAGAGCUUGGUGCGCUGUUUGACGGCGAUUUGGUGCGGAGGUGGAAGUUUGGCGUGGUGCCGCCGCUGGAAUCGGAAGUGGCGAAGUUUGAGAGCAUGGUGGGCCGUAGCAGGGCCGAGGGCACGCUGGUGGCCACCAAUUUCCGUCCUACGGACUCGCUCUUCAUUUCGCGCGUGAGCGAUGCCAAGACCAAGUACGAGCGUGUGAUAUCGUUUGACUACUCGCCAAACUUCCACUCGCAGCAGGGCAUUGACCUGGUGUGCAUGAGACAGUCUGGAAGCAUAUACAAGAUGCACGUGGUGGAGAGUCCAACAGGGAUGGACUUCAACUCAUUCAACGACCUCACAUUUACGGGGCCGGAGGGAACGUGCUCGAAGAUGGUGAAGGACGCUGUCGAUGAGGAGCAGCCUAGCAGAAGGGCGUCACAGGACGACAGGAAGGGUGUGCUGGAAGAGGUUGCAGACGGCACUGACGGGACAAGCGAGAAGGACUUUGCGUCCGGCACCGAGGAUUCUGAGGACUUGCCGUUUGAACCAACUCGCGACAACAUGGGACUCAAAUCGGAGGCGUUGCUGGGGAACGACAUCUGCUCGACGAUCAGACGCCGCGCAUUACUGGGCUACGGAACCAAUGCCGAAAACAACAUGACGAUCCUUGAAAGCAUGAGCUGGAUAGAAACAACGCUGCAACUGCGCAACGCGUGGAAAUGGAUAUCCAUCUCUCAUGAGCUGGUCGCGUCAGGCAAGAUGAUUUCUGGCAGCUUCGACUUUGGGUAUCUAGGCGUGCUGGGUAUUUGGCACAUGGAGGAAGGCUUUGCUGAGCAGAAGCGGUACAACGGCGAGGGCAGUUUUACGCCGAGAGAGCUUUUUUCCGCCGCCCGACAUAUAGUCGAGAAACGGGCGCUCGAAACCAAAGUUCUUGCUGCGCCGCUGAUAGGUUUCGAGGGCGAAAGCCACAAGGAAGUACAGCGUAGAUUCGCAAUGCAUGUGAUUGGCUGGGAUUUUGGUGUCAAGGAGCUCGAAGAUAAGUACGAGAGUCUGAUAGCCAGGGAGCACUACGAGCGAGCAGCCGGCUGGGCAGUUUUCCACGGAGAUAUUUCGCGUGCCAUCGACAUUCUGGCUAGCUCGAAGAACGAGACGUAUCGCAUCAUGUCGACGGCUAUUGCGGGCUACUUUGCAUUCCGCGACUCGCAGAUCAACACCACUUGGAAAGACCAGUGUCGCAAGCUGUCUUCCGACCUGGAAAAUCCGUAUUUACGCGUGAUCUUCGGCUACAUAGCGGAUGGCAAUUGGUGGGAUGUGCUUGACGACUCCUUCCUCCCUCUGCGUGAAAAACUUGGCGUUGCGCUGCGUUUCCUCCCGGAUAGCGAAUUGGAUGUUUAUCUAACCAGGCUUGCUGAAAACGUCAUUAAGAGAGGUGAAAUUGAGGGUAUUAUCCUCACCGGAGUCACCGCUCUGGGCAUGGACCUUCUGCAGUCGUUUGUCGACCGCACAAGUGACAUUCAAAGCGCAUGUCUGAUUGCGUCCUUUGGCUGUCCAAAAUAUUUCAAAGACGACCGCGUCGAGGACUGGGUGGAAAACUACCGGUAUCUGCUGAACAGCUGGAGUCUGUUCCACGUGAGAGCCAAGUUUGACGUGGCCAGAAUGAGGCUGUCACGUCAGAACAAUGGCGAGGCACAAACGAUACCCGUUCCGCGCCAGGUUUUCCUGCAAUGCACCAACUGUCACAAGAAUAUCUCCAAGAAAAAAAAUACCGGUCCGCAGUUCAAAAAUGGUAUGUUGUUGCAAAAAGAGUUGCCGCUGCAUACAUGUCCGCAUUGCGGUCAUUCUCUCCCGCGCUGUGCCAUCUGUCUAAUCACCCAAGGCAUUUCCCUGCCAAAAGAGAUGUCGCGGGUGGAUCACGAUGCAGUGGACGAUAACCUUACGCUGGAGACCCAGUUCAAAGAGUGGUUCAGCUUCUGUCUGUCCUGUAACCAUGGAAUGCAUGCGGGACACGCGGAGGAGUGGUUUUCGAAGCACUACAUCUGCCCCGUGCCCGACUGUGACUGCCGUUGCAACAAUAGGUAG